AGCACAUCUCGUGGCGUAGCUAGAGAAACCCUAAAACCGUCGCCUUAAGUGCCAGACUGCCUGCUCCUCUUAAAGCGCCGUCGCCCGAUCCUUCUCCGCUUCUGGUUCGAGAGCAAUGGCGCCCAAGAAGGAUAAGGCCCCGCCCCCAUCCUCGAAGCCGGCCAAAUCUGGCGGAGGCAAGCAGAAGAAGAAGAAGUGGAGCAAGGGAAAGCAGAAGGAGAAGGUGAAUAACGCGGUCCUCUUCGACCAGGCGAGCUAUGACAAGAUGCUAUCUGAAGUUCCAAAGUACAAGCAGAUAACUCCUUCCGUGCUCUCUGAGAGGUUGCGGAUUAAUGGAUCGCUUGCAAGGAGGGCAAUCAAGGAUCUGAUGGCAAGGGGUGCCAUCAGGAUGGUAUCUGCUCAUGCGAGCCAGCAAAUCUACACCAGAGCAACCAAUUCUUGAAACUUGUCCUGUUCAAGUUUUCUAGGAAUCGGACUCGGUCUCGCUUAACAAACUUUUAAUUCAACAAAUGGGUUAUCGCUUCUUUUAGAUAAUUUUGCUGAAUCUUGCUCAGUUAUCCAAGUAAAAGUUCAGUGCCUGUAAUUGUUUAGUCUUCUCUCCGCUGAAGUCUUAAACUUAAAUGGCUAAACAACAAGGUGAAUUUGUGUUUGCUACAGAUUAUGUUCUGGAUGGUAAGCUUAGUUUUCAGAUAGAAGAUUAUGUUCUUGGCGUGCA